AUGAGCUCAAAUGACAAGGAAAUUUCUGCUCUCAGAAACAAUAUCAAGGAAAAAGGAGAAUUCAGUUACUAUUAUGCUCACAAAAACAACUCUCAUGACCUUAAGGAUGCAAAGAUCUUUGAAGGACCAGGAAUAGUAACUGGAGGAGAGCCAAUUUUGCUGCAUAAAGAUGAUAAAAAAGAGAACACUUCCGAAAAACCUCGAAACGUUCAGAUUAAAAAGUAUUCAUGGUCAGACUGUGGAGAAAGCAUUGAAAUAUAUAUAAGCUUACAAGAUCUAGCUGAUUUGAUCUCCAGUAAAUCACCUCUUGAGAUCUUGGGGAAACCAAAUCUAGAAGUAACUAACAAUACAAUUUCGUUGGAAGUUUUAUCCGAAAAUACCAACUUCCUAUUUAAAAUUGCAAACCUUUCUAACCCUAUAGACUCUCAACUUUCCAGAGUCAAAGUCUCUACUAAAAAAAUAACUGUUAUUUGUUUCAAAGAAGACUCUGAUCUAAAGUGGAACUCUCUUUGUAGACCCAUGCUAUAA